CUUGGUCCCAUCACCCCUGGCGCUGAAGCAGAGCACAUAUGGAACCAACUUUUUCACCACACUCCCUCUUCACACACUCGGAAAAAAAAGCAGACAGAGCAGGGUGAGUUGCUACUAGCUGUCACAGAGAGGGAGAGAGAGGGCAUUUGUCGCAAGGUCCAGAGAAGGUGAGAGAGAGAGGGCUUUUGCCGCAAGGUCCAGAGAAGGUGAGGCAGCUGGGUGCGAGAGAGGAGCUUAUUGGUCUUUCGGGAGAGAGAGAGAAAGAGACGGCUCAGAGGUAAAGCUCUUGGGGUUGGUAGAGGGAGAAAGAGGCAAGCAGGCAUGGAUGGAGGUGGCGGCAGACUAAAACGAAAUGUCCUGGAGCUGCUGCCCCUGCUACUACUGCUCCUGGCCCCGACGGCCUCCUGCAAGUCCACCAUCGAGCCCUGUAGUGGCUCGGACUCGUGCAAUGCCAUGGUUGGGUACACCCUACCCACUGACCUCAAGGUCUCGGAGGUGGCGAUCCGCUUCCAGGUCGACCCCGUCUCACUCAUUACUGCCAAUGCCAUCGACCUCUCUUACCCUGAUAUAGAGAACCACAUCCUCCCUUCCCAAGUCUUCCUCAAAAUCCCUAUUACCUGUGCAUGCGUCAAUGGCAUCCGCCGUGCCUCCUCCAUUGUGUACCACGUUCGGCCCUCCGACACACUCACAAGCAUUGCGGGGUCAGUGUUUGGGAGCCUGGUGACGGCGGACCAGCUGCGUGAUGCCAACUCGAUCUCUGACCCUGACCUCAUUGACGUUGGGCAGCCGCUGGUGGUGCCCUUGCCAUGCGCGUGCUUCAACUCAUCAGACAAUGGGCUGCCGGCCGUUUACCUGUCAUAUGUGGUGGUGGUGGGGGACACACUCUCGGCGGUGGCGGCGCGCUAUGCCACGACCGUGACAGACCUCAUGGCUGUCAAUGCCAUGGGGUCCCCCCUUGUGAAGCCUGGAGAUAUCCUGGCCAUCCCCUUGCCGGCAUGCGCUUCUGGGUUUCCAAGGUUCUCUUCAGAUGCUGGUCUUAUUGUGGCUAAUGGAAGCUAUUCCAUUACCGCUGGUCACUGUGUUCAAUGUAGUUGUGGCCCAGGAAAUCUCAACCUUUAUUGUACUCCUUCACCUCUGGCGGUGUCUUGUUCAAGCAUGCAAUGCAAGAAUAGUAACCUUAUGCUUGGAAAUGUCACUGUCCAACCCACUAGCGCGGGUUGCAAUGUUAGCUCUUGCUCGUAUGAUGGCUUUGUCAAUGGAACCAUUAUCACCAUCUUGUCCACAUCUCUUCAGCCUCAAUGCCCAGGAGCCCACUUGUUCCCUUCUUUGAUUCCUCCACCAUCUGCAUUGGCCAUCUCUUCACUAUCUCCAACACCAUCGCCAUCUCAAUCAUCUGUCCCUUCAACAAUUCCCAAGUCAUCAACUGGAGGAGGAUCUUUGACGCUUCCUGGGCUCCUCUCUCCAGCUGGUGGUCCAACUGGAAGUACAUCUGAUGCCUUCUAUCUAACUAGCAACUUACCCUGUUUUCUUACUGCUAUUGUCACUUCUGUUGUCCUCAAAAUCCUUUGAUACGUGUGUUCUAUUUCCCUGGGUUUAUGGCUCGAAUGUGGUUUUUAGUUUGUGGGUCACACUUCCUGUGGUCUGAUGUUGUAUUUUAUUGUAUUCAGCAUUCUAAUUUAUUUAUGAGACUGGAUGGGGUAUCUUUUUGUAACUUUGCGUUUUGCAUCCCUCAUGGAGUUUCAAGUUUUUGACAGUAAAGAUGUAGAUUUACUGUCAACUGUAUUCAUCAUGCCGAUUUUGUAAGUUAGGCCAGCCCUGUUUGUAUUUGAAAUUUUUGGGCCCUUGAUAAUUAUCAUGAGAUGCCUUUUCAU